CAGCCAGACUUGAACUUAUCAUUGGCAAUAGCAGCAGCAGCAGCAGGAGCAGCAGGAGCAGCAGCAGCAGCAGGUCGAGCUAGGAAAGGAAACUCAAACUGUGGCCAUGAAGGGAAAAGUCGGGGACCCGUUAUCGAGUGAGAGGCCAAGGCAGGAGGGGUAUAUCUGGGGUUCUAUGAAGAGGACAGCCUUUAUUCUGAGCUCUGGUCUGCUUUUGUCUGUGGCUUUUUGGAACUCUGUCACCUGGCAUCUGCAGAAAUUUUGGGGUUCUUCAGGCUACUUCUGGCAAGCCCAGUGGGAGAAGCUACUUUCUACUUUUGCGGGAAACGAGUGGAUCCUCUUCUUUCUAGGUACAGUUCUUGUUCCUAGCAUGUUGUUUUGGAGUUUUAAUGCCCUUCUUCUAGUGGUGGACACAACUGGGAAGCCACAUUUUAUCUCCCGCUACCGAAUUCAAGAUGGCAAGAAUGAUCCUGUAGACCCCGUGAAACUCCGCCAGGCUCUUGUUACAGUUCUCUUCAACCAGUGCAUCAUCUCCGUCCCCAUGCUGGGGCUCUACUAUCCCUUCCUCAAGUGGAGAGAAGAUCCUUGCCGCCCUGAGCUGCCCACUUUUCACUGGUUCCUUCUGGAGCUGUCUAUCUUUAUACUGAUAGAAGAAGUCAUGUUUUACUAUUCACACAGGCUUCUUCAUCAUCCCAUAUUCUACAAGCGAGUCCAUAAGCAACAUCAUGAGUGGACAGCUCCCAUCGGUGUGGUCUCUCUCUAUGCUCAUCCUAUAGAGCAUGUGGUCUCCAACAUGCUGCCAGCCCUAGUAGGUCCUAUGAUAAUGGGUUCUCAUCUGUCUUCCAUUACCACGUGGUUUUCCUUGGCUCUCAUUAUCACCACCAUUUCUCACUGCGGUUACCAUCUGCCUUUUCUGCCUUCACCGGAAUUCCAUGACUACCAUCACCUCAAAUUCAACCAAUGCUACGGAGUGCUGGGAGUGCUUGAUCAUCUUCAUGGAACUGAUGCCACAUUCAAGCAAACGAAGGCUUAUGAAAGACAUGUGCUGCUGCUGAGCCUUACUCCUCUUUCUGAGAGCAUUCCUGACCUGCCUAAGAAGAUAGAGUGAGGUGGCAUGGGCCCUGGCCCCCAUCCCCACUGCACCCAGCAAGGGGCUGUCCCUAAUAGACCUAGAAUGUCUCCCUUGACAAACUAGAGCUGACAAUUCUGCCAAAUGACUUUUUAAUGAGAUAGACAGAUUCUCUGAUGCCUGGCUAAGUGUAACAGAGUGGAGGGAAGGAAUAUAGAGAAGCAAGAGAAAGGAGCCAGAGACAGCACCAACCCCAUUCUCUUCCCAAAGCUACAUCUUAGUGAACAUCCUCUAUCAGACAUAAUAUGAUGGGGCCAGGUCUAUCCUGUAGGAGGAGCACUAGAGUCUGGAGUGUUUUUUCUAAAAAGGUGAUGUGCUUGGCUCCCCUUGGUGGGGUUCACUUAUGGAUCCAUUGAAGAGUCUAUUAUUAGAGGAUUGCAGACCAUAUUAGAUGAGGACUGGUUGAAGAACAAGGAAUGUUGAGUCCAAGGAGAGAAGACUUAAAGAUGUCUUAGUUGUAUUUUAAAGGGUCAUAUGGAAGAAUGAUUAAAUUAGAUUUGUUGUGCUAGAAUUGGGAGUGGGUUGGAAGAUGCAGGGAAGCAGGUUCAGGCUUAAUGUAAGGAAAUGUUUCCUAACAAUUAAUGCUAUCCCAAAGUGGAAAGGAGAUAGUGAGUUCCCCAGCCCUAAAGUCUGGAUAAUUACUUGAGGAACAAUUCCUGCUUAUAUAUGGCCUUGUUGCCCUCUUAAGUUCCCUUCAUUUUUGCUUAAAGGCAGAGCUGAGGAGAGAGAAAAGAAAGUAUGCCCCUAAACUCCAAUUUAUGGGGAAACCUUGCUAACCUAAAGGUUUUCAUCAAGAUUGGAUGAAAGAUUUAUUACAGUCAGAUAUUACAUCAGGGUUAUUCUUAACUGCCAGACAUUGCUAUGGGAAGUCUUUCCAAUGGGAUGGUAAAUGACAGGAAAGGUGGAAGGGAUGAAAAGGGGAAAGUGAGAUGGCCACCUAUCAUCCACCCAAGUUCUUCUUCUCCGGGUUCUAAUAUGCCGAUUUCACCUCUUCUGUACAGGCCCUGUAUAGACUUAAUCACAAGAACAUAGGAUUUAGAGAAAGAAUAUUAGUCCAACCCCAAGUACUUGCCCAAGGAUACAGAUGUUAAGUAAAUAGGAAAGCCACCACACCAAGGAUGGAUGCCAAGAGAUAAGGCUCCUGCCAAAAACAACCCAACUUACCCCCAAUUGGCUGGCUAGGAUAUUCUCAUUUAGGAGAACAAGGCCUCUAGCUCACUUCCUGAGCAAUCAAAACUCUGGCCUAGAGGGCACGCCUUGGGUUCAUGACCAAAGAUAGCAAAAGAACUAGAAUUCUGGCUGCUCAGCUGAGUAGAGACCCAAAGAUGUGCUAGUCAUAGUGCCCUGUCAUGGUACUUUUCAGAGUAUCCAAACAUUUUAGUUGUACUCAGUUUCCCCUCAGGGACUGGAGGCAGUUUUCACUGAGCACCCAGGACAAGAAGUAAGCAGUUGAAAUUCUAAGCAAGAACCCCUUCCCUAUCACUCCCAACAUACCAUAGGUCCAAAAGAAUCUAAAAAAGGGCCCUGCACCAACCCCAGAACAUCCUGCAGCUGCUGAAGUGAACUUAACAUAGGAACCAGUUUGACAGCCAGCUCUCUCUCAUCCUCUAGCUGGGUUCCUAACAGGAUGAGCCUAUAGAAUAAAUGGUAAGAUUGAGCUGAAAGGACUUUUAGAGAUUAUUGAGCUCCAUUCCUUCAUUUUACAGAUAAAGACACUGAAGCCCAGAAAAAAUGGCUUGUCCAAAGUCUUUAUUAAGAGUAGUAUUUGGCAGAGCUGGAAUUUAAACCCAGGUUUUUUAACCUCAAAUCCAGGGCUCACUCCAAUGUCCCAUGCUGUCUCAAAUUUAUCCAAGUUCAUUCCCUUUUUCACCUUCCCACUCGCAGGACAUGGUGAGUUUCUAUGCUUAUCAUGGCCAAAGAAAGUUCUCUUCAGCUGUCUCUCAAGGAUCCUUUCAAGAAUAUAUCAAAGCACCCCCCACUAAAAGCUGAACCACUUGCAUUUAGUCCCAAGGUACCACUCUGAGUUUGGAGUUGCUGUACUUUCAUCCCCUGUAAUCUAUACCUGAAAAUAAAAACAAUCUAAAAAAA